GGCGCCGGAGAAGUGCCAGUUCACAGUGAUUUGUAUGAAAGAUAGCACGCUACUGAAAACCAUGUUAAUAAAACUAUCCAUCGUUCUGCUUUAUUUAAGUUUCGCUGUAUUAGCCAAUUCAGAUGAGGCAGCUCCAAGAGUCAAGAUUCCCUUAGGAGGACUAAAGGGUUAUUAUAAGAUAUCACAGAAUGGCAGAAAGUACGAAGCGUACGAAGGGAUUCCUUAUGCCUUGCCACCUAUUGGAAAAUUAAGAUUCAAGUCUCCUCGACAAAUACCAGCAUGGAUCGGCGAAUUAUCAGCUACGAAGUUCGGUUCUCCGUGUAUUCAAUAUUCCCAACAGCCUCAAGAUCCUACAGAAAAGGUUGAGGGUGCCGAAGAUUGCUUGUAUUUAAAUAUCUACGUUCCAGUACGGGAGAAGGCGGAAAAUAAUAUUUCUAUGCCGGUAUUGUUUUGGAUCCAUGGUGGUGCUUUUCAAUUUGGUAGCGGUAUGUUAUAUAACGCCAAGUAUUUGAUGGAUAGCGACGUCAUAUUCGUCACGAUUAACUAUCGGCUAGGAUCGAUGGGUUUUCUCAGCACGGAAGACGAAGUGAUUCCUGGCAACAUGGGUCUAAAGGAUCAAAAUAUGGCCCUUCGCUGGGUAUCCGAAAAUAUCGAGUGGUUCGGUGGCGAUCCAAACAGAGUGACCUUGGUUGGUUUGAGUGCCGGUGGUGCAAGUGUGCAUUAUCAUUAUUUAUCGCAAAUGAGCGCGGGACUCUUCCGAGGAGGAAUAUCGUUCAGUGGUACAGCAUUCGAUUGUUGGACACAAACUGAGAAUGCUCUAGAGAAGACUAAAAAACUGAGUGCUUUGAUGGGGUGUCCCACAACUACCUCUAGAGAUAUGAUACGUUGCUUAAGAUAUCGACCGGCUCGCGCGAUCGUACAAGCUACAAGUGAAUUUAUGCCAUUCCUCUACAAUCCUUUUACCCCUUUCGGGCCGGUAUCCGAAAAAGCCGGCGAUGAUGCGCCUUUCAUCGACAGGACACCAGUUGAAAUCGUAAAUAGUGGUGACGUACACGAUGUACCUUGGAUUACAGGAGUAACGAGCGAAGAGGGCCUCUAUCCUGUGGCCGAAUUUAUAGCUGACGAUAAAAUUCUGAAACAACUGAACGACAACUGGGAUCUUCUCAGUCCGCAUUUCCUAGAUUUUAACUAUACUAUCCCUAAAGAGAAGCAAGUCGAAACUGGUCGUCUCAUUAAGAAGCAUUAUUUGGGUACAAAACCAAUAGACCGAACAACUACAAGACAACUAGUACAAAUGGCGAGUGAUCGUUUCUUUGUGGCCGAUAGCGAAAAAGCUGCGCGAAUGCAAGCUAAAGUAAAUCAGAAUCCAGUUUGGUAUUAUUAUUUCACGUACAGAGGAAAGCAAAGUUUAAGCGAUUCCAUGAGUGGUACCACUGAAAAUUACGGGGUCUCCCAUGCCGAUGACGUAUUGUAUGUAUUAGAUACUCCCUGGAUGGAUCCAACAAAAACGCAACAGGAUCGCGAUAUGCAGAAACACUUAAUCGACUUUUGGGUAUCUUUCGCCACAGAUGGAAUUGCAAAAAUAGACAAUGUAGAAUGGCCGAAAUUAGAUCCUUCAAAGAAGGAACUUCAUUAUCUGCAUAUUGCUAGCCCUACUAAGAUUAACAUGGACAGCAAUGCUAAUUUUGGAGAGAAAGAAUUCUGGAAUUCAAUUAAGUUCAAAGAGAACAUAUUAACAUCCACAUUAAAAAAUAGCAAAGAAGAGCUUUGAAUGAUUCUAUGAGAAAACUCGAGCUUUUCAUCUAAACUCUAUGCAAUUAAGUAAUUUUAUUAAAAAAUAAUGCUAAUUAAUUUUGUAUAUAAAGCCAAAACUCUUUUCAAGACA